UUGCGCCGGUAGAAGCUCAUGCGGGUGCAGAAGGGCCGGCCCGCCUAGUCCUCGUUCCUCCUCCUUCUCCUCCUUCCCCUGCUGCUGCUCGUCCUCCUCCUCCACCUCCUCCUCCUCCUCGUCCCCGGCGGGGGCCGGUCCCGGUGCUGGUCCUGGGGCGGGGGCCGCCGCCCACCUGCCGCUCCUCCGCCUUGGACCCCGGGCCGUCGGUGUCGCUGUGCUUUCUCUGGUUCCCUGCGAGAGAAGCACUUCCGACUGCGCCGGGAGAGUUUGGGAAGUGCGACUGCUUCGAAGAAGAGAGACCUUGUGGUUUCAAUGACUAAAAGUAAUGGAGAAGAACCCCGGCUCCAGGGCAGGAUGGAGCGCUUCCAGCAAGGAGUCCGUAAACGGACGCUCUUGGCCAAGAAAAAAGUGCAAAAUAUCACCAAGGAGGAUGUUAAAAGUUACCUGUUCCGGAAUGCCUUCGUGCUCCUCACUGUAACUGCCGUCAUCGUGGGUACAAUUCUUGGAUUUACCCUGCGGCCAUACAAAAUGUCCUAUCGGGAAGUCAAGUACUUCUCUUUCCCAGGAGAACUUCUGAUGAGGAUGUUACAGAUGUUGGUUUUACCCCUCAUCGUAUCCAGCUUAGUCACAGGCAUGGCGGCCCUCGAUAGCAAGGCAUCAGGGAAGAUGGGAAUGCGGGCGGUUGUCUACUACAUGACCACGACAAUCAUAGCUGUGGUGAUUGGCAUUAUCAUCGUCCUCAUCAUUCACCCUGGAAAAGGCUCCAAGGAAAACAUGCACAGAGAAGGCAAAAUCAUGCAGGUGACAGCAGCAGAUGCCUUUCUUGAUUUAAUCAGAAAUAUGUUCCCUCCAAAUCUGGUGGAAGCCUGCUUUAAACAGUUUAAAACAAACUACGAAAUGAAAAGCUUUAAAACUUCUAUCCCGCCCAACGAGUCUUUGGUGGAGUCCGUGAUAAACAAUGUGUCCGAAGCCAUGGAGACCCUCACCCGGAUAAGAGAAGAGAUGGUCCCCAUCCCAGGAGCCGUCAACGGAGUCAAUGCCCUGGGGCUGGUGGUCUUCUCCAUGAGCUUUGGAUUGGUGAUUGGGAAUAUGAAGGAGCAAGGGCAGGCAUUAAAAGAUUUCUUUGACAGCCUGAACGAGGCUAUUAUGCGAUUAGUAGCUGUCAUCAUGUGGUACGCACCACUGGGUAUUCUCUUCCUGAUCGCUGGAAAAAUUGUUGAGAUGGAAGAUAUGGGAGUGAUUGGUGGACAGCUUGCCAUGUACACCAUUACAGUCAUCAUCGGUUUGCUCAUUCAUGCUGUUAUUGUUCUACCACUGCUCUACUUCUUAAUAACUCGAAAAAACCCAUGGGUUUUUAUUGGCGGCUUGCUGCAAGCCCUCGUUACAGCUUUGGGAACAUCUUCAAGCUCUGCCACCCUGCCCAUCACCUUUAAGUGCCUGGAGGAGAACAAUGGUGUGGACAAGCGGAUCACCAGAUUUGUGCUCCCAGUGGGGGCAACCAUUAACAUGGAUGGAACUGCCUUGUAUGAGGCCCUGGCGGCCAUCUUCAUUGCUCAAGUUAAUAACUUUGACCUGAACUUUGGACAGAUUCUUACCAUCAGCAUCACGGCCACCGCCGCCAGCAUCGGAGCGGCCGGAAUCCCUCAGGCAGGGCUGGUGACCAUGGUCAUUGUGUUGACUUCAGUGGGUUUGCCGACAGACGAUAUCACGCUCAUCAUUGCGGUCGACUGGUUCUUGGACCGACUUCGUACGACCACCAAUGUUCUGGGAGACUCUCUCGGAGCAGGGAUUGUGGAACACUUGUCACGGCAUGAGCUGAAGACCCAAGAUCUAGAAAUGGGUAAUUCCGUGAUCGAAGAGAAUGAAAUGAAGAAGCCCUACCAGCUCAUUUCCCAGGAAAAUGAGGCCGACAAACCCACCGACAGUGAAACCAAGAUGUAGGCUGGGGAGAAUAACCGGGUGUCCAGAUUAGUAGAAGUCUGAAAACCAUUCUGCUUUUUCCAUCCAUUUAUAACAUCUCACUUUCCACAAGUCCCUUGAUAUCUUGCUUUCUCCUCCCAGUCGGAUAGCAUUGAAAGCGUUCAUCAACAAACAAGGAGAAGGAGCAAUGGCCAGAACAAAAGAUUGUCAUCCCUCUUUAAAAAUCAAAACCAACUAGAGUUUCCUACUGAUCAUGCUGGGUAUGAGAGGAGAGCAAAAGAUUUGUUGAUCAGAUCAACAAGAACAUACAAGUGUACAUGUUACUCAAAUCCUGUAAAUGUGAUCCUUUUUUUUUUUUUUAUAAACUGGAAAUCACUCUUUAUAACAGGCUGAAAAUGUUUUUAUUUUUUUAAACUCCUGUUACAAAUCCUUAAUAUCCUUCAGAAUGCAAUCCAGUUUAGCACUCAAAAGAUAAUAACUUGGUAUAAUGGCCAUCCAGAGAACAGAAGUGCAGAGAGCCUUAUUUUUGUUUCCUUAGAAUAUGGUAUUUCCAUAUCUUGCUGCAAGCAGGCGAUAUCAAAAUGCCCACGGACAGAGAGAGCUGAGAGGGGUGAGCAGUGAUACAUCUAUGCCCUGCAUUCUAUCCCCUAACUUCUUGUAUGAAAGGUCAUUUAUGAGAGGGUGGGCCCUCCAUUUUAUUGCCAGCGAGCCCACAUCUACGUGGCGGAAGGGGCAGUGCGGUUUCAAAUGCCCUGUGUUUGGGACAGCUCUUCCUGUAGGGGAAAGUACUCCCAGUUCCUCUCAUUCAAGGGAGAACUGAAGUCUUAUGGGUUUAUCCACUACUUCACUAAUCAGGAUAGUCUUUAGAACAUAGAACUGAAAACUAAAUGAGUACUCAUGGUCUUCCUGUGUAUUAGGAGAAUUCUAAUUGGCAGGAUGGCGUGCUCAGAACCUAUAAAGAGAGGAUUUUAAAGACAAUUUCCAUAGGUUUUCAAAGUGAACGGGGAGAACAUUCAAAAGUUAGAGCGGGGAGGGUCUCAUAGACAUUGCUUUUUCUGUUCAGUCCAAAGUCAUUCCCCAGAGUAGGCAGAAGGGCGAAAUAUUAAGUUUAUAUAUUUUUCUCUUGUAUUUGUUUUUAGGAGUCAAAAUGGAAGAGAUUUAUUAAGGAGUUAGAGGUGGGUGUUUGAGGAAUUGGGGACCCAAGAGCCUGAAGCAGAGAGGGUGGCUCUCCUUACCUGAAAAUGUUUUUGCCUUGGGUAUGACAUUCACCAAAUAAGGUAAAUGAGGCAUAUCUUUGGGUUGGAAUUCCACUCGCCAAGUGACCGAGACCUUCAGCUGGAACUUUGUUCCUGAAAGAAAUAGGUGACAUUUGGAGGGAGGUCACAUUGGUGAAGAGUGGGGCGUAUGUUCGAGGCAGGACAUCGCCCAGGUUUCAGGUGGUGAUGCAGUUUUGGUUCCCCAGGAAUGUUCAGGAUCCGAGUGGUCAACUGGAAGUGUCAAAAAAUGCAAGCUUUGUAUGAAGUGCUGACUGAAAGUCACAAGGAUGGACUCACUAGCUAACCGAUCGAAAAAUCUAGACACAAAUCCUGUGAUGUUUUUAGACAUAUUUUCAUAUAGAUUCAGUGCCAAGCGUGUGUAUAAAGAGUUAACGCUAGUCUGUAUGAAGUAACAAUUAAUGUUUUGUCGCAGUUAUGUUUGGCGAUACACGGCAAAGAUUUCAUGUAAAUGCUGUCGUCCUACGAACCUAUGGAGAAAAAUGAACAGUGCAUCUUUUUUAUACUAACUGUUUCUUAUGGAAAUCAGGUCCCCUAGGAUGUACCCUCCCCUCCACUUCUCACUGGUUCAGCAGGAAGCUGUCCAGAGGGAGUAGAAAACCGUGACUUUGUAGAUGUAUUUUCAAUAAAAGAUAGUUUUACAUUA